CAGUUUCCGGUCACCGCUCUGAGUCCCGCCCCGCCAGCCCGUGCCAUCUUGUGUUUAGCAAGAACAAAAACGGGGGAAGAAAACACGCCCGGCCGGGGACGGGGCGCGGAUUUUCAGGCUGCUUUUUAGGCGUGUUUUUCAGAAAGGUUGGUGCAGCUGGACAGUAUGCUCGGAGGAGUAGCGGCGGGGAGAAACAGCAGCCACACCCGCAGGACAGCUCCGGUUAACGUUAGCUCUCAGGUUAUCCGAGUUAAGCUAAGCUAACCAGUUAGCAGCGGCUAAGAGCGCAGGACGGAGGUGAGCUUCGAGUCUGAGCCGGUGUGUGACAUCUGGAAACCCCGCAUUAACUUCACGAAUAUCAGCAGGGACCUGAAUGGAAAUGCCCCGAACGUGGUGGUGACUGUGUGCAGAGAGGGAUUCCGGGCUAUGUGGAUUGAGGUCCACUGUUAGCUCGGCUGCUAACAGUUGUUUUUCGGUUCAGAGCGGAACCACAAUAAGCCGCGGCCCUGGCCAUGCCCUCGAAUGCGCGGGCGGGCAAUCUGAAGGACCCCGAGGUGGCUGAUCUGUUCUGCAAAGAUGACCCGGAGAAGCUGUUCACCGACCUCCGGGAAAUCGGCCACGGGAGCUUUGGAGCGGUGUACUUUGCCCGUGAUGUGCGCAACAAUGAAGUGGUGGCCAUCAAGAAGAUGUCGUACAGCGGCAAGCAGACCAACGAGAAAUGGCAGGACAUCAUCAAAGAGGUGAAGUUCCUGCAGAAGCUUCGCCACCCCAACACCAUCGAGUACCUGGGCUGCUACCUGAAGGAGCACACGGCAUGGCUGGUGAUGGAGUAUUGCCUCGGCUCGGCCUCGGACCUCCUCGAAGUUCACAAAAAGCCACUUCAGGAAGUAGAAAUAGCUGCUAUUACCCAUGGUGCACUGCAGGGAUUGGCAUAUCUUCACUCUCACAAUAUGAUUCACAGGGACGUGAAGGCAGGAAACAUCCUGCUGACGGAGCCGGGUCAGGUCAAACUGGGGGACUUUGGCUCCGCCUCCAUCGUGUCUCCGGCCAACUCCUUCGUGGGGACGCCAUACUGGAUGGCUCCGGAGGUGAUCUUGGCCAUGGACGAGGGCCAGUACGACGGGAAGGUGGACGUCUGGUCCCUGGGCAUCACCUGCAUAGAGCUGGCGGAGAGGAAACCCCCCCUGUUCAACAUGAAUGCUAUGAGUGCCUUAUACCACAUCGCUCAGAAUGAAAGCCCCGUCCUGCAGUCCAAUCACUGGUCCGAUUCCUUCCGCAGUUUCGUCGACUCUUGCCUACAGAAGAUUCCCCAGGACCGGCCUACCUCGGACGUGCUUCUCAAUCAUCGCUUCUUGUGCCACGAGCGCCCGCUGACCGUCGUCAUGGACCUGAUCGCACGCACCAAAGACGCGGUGAGGGAGCUCGACAACCUGCAGUACCGCAAGAUGAAGAAGAUCCUGUUCCAGGAAACCCAACAGAACGGCCCCGUCACCGAGGGAGGCGAGGAGGAGGAGGAGGUGGAGCCGUACCUGCUGCAAACGGGCACCGUUAACAGCAUGGAGAGCUCCCAGUCUGUUCCCAGUAUGUCCAUCUCAGCCAGCUCUCAGAGCAGCUCGGUCAACAGCCUCGCCGACGCCUCCGACGACAGCAGCAACGAGAUGGCCAUGAUGCAGGAGGGCGAGCACACGGUCACCUCCAACAGUUCCAUUAUCCACCGACCCACGGGUCAGGACAACAUCUACGACGAUCCGUACCAGCCGGAGAUGGAUCAGCCUCAGGCUCCUUCAGCUGGACGCCGGCGAGCCUUCUAUCGAAACCGUGACCACUUUGCCACCAUCCGCACAGCGUCUUUGGUGACCCGUCAGAUCCAGGAGCACGAGCAGGGCUCGGCGCUGCGUGAGCAGAUGUCCGGCUACAAACGCAUGAGGCGGCAGCACCAGAAGCAGCUGAUGAGCCUGGAAAACAAGCUGAAGGCGGAGAUGGACGAGCAUCAGCUGAAGCUGGACAAAGAGCUGGAGAACCAGAGGAACACGUUCUCCACCGAGGCCGACAAGCUGGGCAAGAAGCACCAGGCCAUCCUGGAGAAGGAGACGAAAGCUGCUCUGGCGGAGGAGAAGAAGUUCCAGCAGCACAUCCUGGGCCAGCAGAAGAAGGAACUCACCAGUUUACUGGACUCGCAGAAACGCCAGUACCGCCAGCGCAAGGAGCAGCUGAAAGAGGAGCUGAGCGAGAACCAGUCGACUCCGAAGCGGGAGAAGCAGGAGUGGCUGGUCCGUCAGAAGGAGUGUCUGCAGCAGAUGCAGGCAGAGGAGGAGGCCAGCCUGCUGCGGCGGCAGCGGCAGUACUACGAGCUGCAGUGCCGCCAGUACAAGAGGAAGAUGCUGCUGGCUCGCCACAACCUGGAGCAGGACCUGCUCAGAGAGGAGCUGAAUAAGAAGCAGACCCAGAAGGACCUGGAGUGCGCCAUGCUGCUGCGGCACCACGAGUCCACCCAGGAGCUCGAGUUCAGGCAGCUGGGUACGAUGCAGCGCACCCGGGCCGAGCUGAUCCGAACGCAGCACCAGACCGAGCUGACCAAUCAGAUGGAGUACAACAAGCGGCGCGAGCAGGAGCUUCGGCAGAAGCACGCCAUGGAGGUCCGGCAGCAGCCCAAGAGCCUCAAGUCCAAAGAGCUGCAGGUCAAGCGUCAGUUCCAGGAGACCUGCAAGAUCCAGACCCGUCAGUACAAAGCUCUGAGGAACCACCUGCUGGAGAGCACUCCAAAGUCCGACCACAAGGCCGUCCUCAAACGCCUCAAAGAGGAGCAAACACGUAAGCUGGCCAUCCUGGCCGAGCAGUACGACCACUCCAUCAACGAAAUGCUGUCCUCUCAGGCUCUGCGGCUGGAUGAGACGCAGGAGGCCGAGUAUCAGGUCCUCCGCAUGCAGCUGCAGCAGGAGCUCGAGCUGCUGAACGCCUACCAGAGCAAGAUCAAGAUCCACACGGACACGCAGCACGAGCGCGAGGUGAAGGACCUGGAGCAGAGGGUGUCGAUCCGCCGGGCGCUGCUGGAGCAGAGGAUCGAGGAGGAGAUGCUGACUCUGCAGAACGAGCGCUCCGAGCGAAUCCGGACGCUGCUCGAGCGCCAGGCCCACGAGAUCGAGGCCUUCGACUCGGAGAGCAUGCGUCUGGGCUUCAGCAACAUGGCGCUGACCGGCAUCCCGGCUGAGGCUUUCAACCAGGGCUACCCGACCCCCAGCCCGUCCUCGGGCUCCGGCGGCUGGCCGUCGCGGCCCGUCCCGCGCUCCGGCAGCCAUUGGAGCCACAGCGUGCAGAACUCGGUGACGACUCCAUCCUGGCGCAGCCAGAAUCACGGCGGCGGAGGCUUCAGCCGCGCCGAGUCCAUCGCCUCGUCCCACGGCCUCGGCAGGGACGGCGAGAUGAGCAAGAGCCGGGGCCACUCCUCCUCCUCCCAUCACCAGCAGCACUACCUCCCCCAGCACUACCAACACCACCAGAGCACACCGCAGCUCUACCGCGACGCCCACGAGCGCGACUCCAGGGAGCGGGAGCGCUCCAGGGAAUGGGUGGGAGGAGGCGGCCACUACGCCCAUCAUUCCCAGGGCCACCACCUCUCCUCCCACGCCUCCUCCCAGUCCCUGGCCCUCCUGCCUCCGCCACCUCCGCCGCCUCCCAUCGCCCUCUCCACCUCCUCCCCUCCCUCCUCCACCUCCUCGUCCUCUUCCUCACAGGGCGGCUACAGUGGCGGCGGUCUGAGUGUCAGGGGCCCCAGCCUGAUGGCGCUCAGGAACAGCCCUCAGCCGCUGAGGCGGACAGCCUCCGGGGGCCUGGUGGCGGGGAGCGACAGCGGGCUGACCCGGAGCACGUCGGUCACCUCGCACAUCUCCAAUGGCUCUCACCUCUCCUACUCGUGAAGCCGGCGCUGUUCUUCGUCCGGGGGCGCCGUCCUGCUUCUCUCAGGGGACACAGAAGCAGAACGGCGCCAUUUUGAGACGCCGUUUCGGUCUUCAGCGCUCUGAUCCUAAAAAAAACUCGUCACAAGUUUUAAAAAGUCAAUUUUGAACGUGCCCUUUAUACGCAGUCACUACAGCUGCACGGGAGCAGCGAUCAGUCAACAACACGUCCAGCUACCGCGACGCCAACACGUCGACCGAGACAGAGCGACGGCUGUGGAGCUUCCACUCGGCUCGCGGUGCUUUAUAAACCACUGUAACUAUGUACAUAGCUGAACUGUAGACGCCGUUUCUGGUUCCUAAGUGUUUCAUACAUUCAGGGCGGGGGCGGGGUUUGAAGGCGUGGUGUACAGGCGGCGACCGAUUUCGUAAAAUCAACUUUUAUUUGUAGUGCUAAGAUUCUGUACACGACAAUAAAAACAAACACUGCCGUCUUUCUGUUGACCUGACACAAACCUACCACUGCCCUCCGAGCCACUUAAAGGAACACACCCAUGUCGCCGCGAGUCGCCUCGGUGUCAGCGCGCUCGCUACAGGAAGCCCCUCCAUCUUUGUUUUUCUUUUGUUCAAACAACCAAGUUUACGAGAUUUCUGCGUAGUGACGUUUACACUCGUCUUUGAGGCAGAUGUUCUACUUCCUGUUGAUCCCAUCGUACGGGAAUGAUCUACUGGCCAGCAGGGGGCGCUGUGAGUGGUCAGACUGAAAGAGCACAUUUUAUUUUAGUUUCCGGCAUCGUUAACGUCUGCUGAUGCGUGCUGAAUUAGGAUGGCGCCUGUUUCUGAACGAUAACUCCAGCAGGCAUCAGGAGGAGAGUCAGCUGCCUGUGGAUGAUGCUGCUGCUCAAGACACGCCUCGAAUCAAAAUGGAGGAUGCCAUAAAGCGAUUUCUGGCGUUUUCACUACAACAGAAAAACGUAAAACAAGUUUCAUGAAGAAGAAAGUUUACGUUUCUCUUUCAGCUUCGCACAAUUCCCAAACUGGCAAAUGAUCCGUGCCACGUUCUUACUCUCAGCACCUCACGCAAGAUUUAGCUUCAGGUGGAAUUCUUUAAAUGGUGUCUUUGCGCGUUUAGUCUGCAGGUAACUUAACUUAAAGGUGUGUUUACCUGCUGUCAUUCUCCUGUUGUAAUGCUAAGCUAGGCUAACCGGGGCUCCUCCCUGUGCUUAAUCUGAGAGCUCGACGUCGGGCGACUCGUUCCUUCAAAGUGACGCCGCCGCAGAGUUUUAGAACUGAAAGUGUGUGUGUGUGUGUGCGCGUGUGUGUGUGUGUGUGUGCGCCGACAGCUAACCCCACACCUCCACCUGACCCCCCCUUCCUCCCUCCACACUCUGCAUCUGUAGAUAAGGUGUACAUGUGCGUCACAGAGUAGUGCGGUGCAUGGAGCUCGUGUACAGGCGGCGUUUGUAUGAAUAAACAUGCACACUACCUAUUUAUAUAAAAGCUUAUAGAUGUAAGAUACCUGUGUACAGGUAGCAGGUAAACUGACGAUUGUUCACUGUCCAAAACUCUUGACUUGUACAUAGAAGCACUAAUAACUCUGAGGCUGUGUUAGAGUAAUAAUGAUGAUUAUUUUGUCACGUGACCUGAUUUGUAGACGAAUAGACGCCAUCAUUAUUAUUACCUCUACUGCAGCUGGAAUAUUUAUGUUGUACGCUAAUUUUUAAAUGUGGAUUGCCAAUUUUGACCACUAGGUGGGGAAUAAGCGCAAUGUUACUGUGAUAGAGUUAUAAAAAAUAUUCACGUUUCUAAGGAGGACAAAAAGGACUACCUUUCCCAGCAUUCCUGUCGAGGUCUCAGGGUGGGAGUCUCCAGUUCUGGGCAGGGCUGCAGGGUUUUUUGUCUUGGUUUCAUUUCUUCUUUGUUUGUUUGUUUGUUUGUUUUGUUUUGAGCCAGUAUUAUCACGUGACGUAUGGACAUAUUUCCGGAUCUUUCACUACGUUUUGGUGCCAUAACUUUAUCAUUUUUUUGUUUUACACAUCGCAGUCUUUAUGGUGCGAAAAACUUUCCCAAAAACACUGUAACAUCUGCAAGAACACCUCCAAAUACGGAAGCCCAAAGGUGUCCAAUAUUAGGCUUUUUAAAAAAAUUAAUAGUAUUUAUUAGUAUAAGCAGGUUUUAAAACGUCAACCUAUUAUCAAUACAUUCUUUAAUAACUAAUGGCAGACUAACACUCUAAGAAUAUUUUAUUUUAUAUUUUUUAGUUUUUUAAAUAAAAAUUCACAUUUAUUCCCUAAAGAAUUCCAGUUUUGUGUGUUUUGAGCUGGCAGUGGACCUCAGAGCUGUAAUUAUAAUUUUAUUUAAAAUUUAGAGUAAAACCACUUUAACAUUUUUAUUUUUUUUUUUCUUCAUGGCUUUUUCCCCAAAGUAACUGAACCCAUUAAUUAACCAGACAUCAGCAGCUCACCUCUGUCAUCCUUUGUCUUGGCACCCUUUUUAAUUUUAUACAUUUGUGUAUUUAUUGGUUUUUAUAUUUGAGAUUUUAAAAACGUUUAAAUUACAUGAGAGCUAAAAAGAGACUUCUGUUAAAACAACCUUUCAGUCAUUCAAUUUUUUUUUUCUAAACAAAAAACCCAUUUGGUGUUAAUCAGUUAAAUUUUAAGAUUUAUAAUAAGUUUCAAGUUUGUUGGGAUAAACUUUAAAUUAUUUGCGUUUAAGGUGAAUAUUGGCAUCUUUGGGGCUCCGUACGGGAAUUCCACUCUGUGUGUUUUCCAGACAAACACCUCUGUUUCAUUUUGCACAGUCCGAAUGGGUAGAAGAUCAUCUUUUUGUCACGUCUACCUCAUUUGCACUGAAAGGAGACGAAUGUUCAGGUGGACUUUUGAGGAAAAACAAAAAUUUCUUGGCUUUUUUUCGUUUUCCUUCAUUUUGUGCAAAUGUUGACGGGACGAUGAGUGCAAGCAGGAAGGGACAAACUUAACGCCGCGCUCAGUGGAAAACUGUCCGCGGGACGUGCUGGACUUUAAAGACACGAGACGCUGCGCUGAGGAAGAUGUUUGGUGGGGCGGGGCGGGGUGGGCGCAGUGCUCCUCCUCCUCCUCCCUCAAAAAAAACAAACUUCAUUUUGCCAACUUUGUUUUUUUUUAAAUAGCAUUUAUUGUGAAAUGCUAACCAUUCCUCAAGUGUUAUUUUGCCAAUUAAAGCUGCAGACCGAGGAAGAAUCCAGAUCUUCAUCUACGUUUACAGCCAUGAGCAGUUUACUGACUGCAGGAUUUCUGUGUAUUGUCACGUGGUCACAAUUUAUAGGACGUGUUCAUGUUUGCUGUCCUCAGCGACAGUUACAGAGAUGUUUUCAUGUUCUGGUCAACAAAACGUUUAAAAUGCUUUUUAAAUGUGUCGUCUUUAUAUUAGGAGCUGAAACCGGUCAAUCGAACAGUGUGAUUGGAAAUUUAUUGAUAAGUAAUUUUUUUGGGACAAAGUUAGAUUGUCAUGUUGGAGCUUCUCCAGGAUUUUAAAAUAUCUCGUCUCCUUUAAGAGGAAAGAUGUUCACAAAGGAAAUCUCUUUAAAAUGUAUAUUAUUAUAAAAUGACACUAAUCGUUCUUCAGCUGAUUGUUCUCUUUCCAACAAAGUUUUUAUGUGCUUAAUUACAGCACAAGUCCUAAAAACACAAACGAAUUACAGUUAAAAUCGUAUAAAACAAACUUUUGGAACUAGAAAAAAGCGUCUAGCAGCAAAAGUUUCAAUCUUUAUCGAUUUAUCGUUUCAGCUCCACAUUUUUCACUUUUUCUACGUUUUUAUUUUAUUUUCUCAGACUGCUCUGUGCUGUGUUCAAGGACAGUUUUACAUUUAAAAACUGAAGGUUCACUCUGUUUGAAAGUGCAAAGUUAACGAUUUCAAGAGUGGAGGGCAAACAAAAUGUUUCUGUUCGAUUCCUCACAUUUCCUCCUGCAGCUUUAAACUUUCAGAAAAAAAAAGAGAAAAAUCCCCAGGAGCGUUUGAGGCCGUCAGCGUAAUGAGGAUGAAGAGAAGGAGGCAGAAUCGACUGCUGUUUGUGUGCAGAGCAGGAUGAAGGCUGUGUGUAUGUCAAAGGAGGGCGAAGUGAAAAUGUUCAGGUCGAGUGUUUCAGGAGCGUUGGAAAAAUGAGUUGUACAGAAACGUAAUAAAAUAAUUUUGGAGAAAUAAAAGAACAAAAACAGAAAA